AUGUCAUCCACACAAGUUAUGGAUCCUCUACAGCAACCACCACCAAUGGUUUUGAACCCGAAAGCUUAUUCGGAUCAUCGAGAUCAUGGAUCGGUUGGACCCGUAAUCGGUGUAAUAGUAAUGAUAGCUUUUCUAGGAGCAAUUGCUGUGAUGAUAGGUAAGAUAUGUUCGGGCCGUGGGAUAAUGGGUCGUGGUUACUAUGACAUUGAAGGAUGGGUUGAGACCAAGUGUGGGUCUUGUAUUGAUGGACGGGUUGACCCGCCACGUCCACAUGUGACUGGUUCACCGCCAGUAGUGGAGGAGAGCGGUGGGUCCGGCACUGAUUCCCCUGUGCCGGAGGAGGAGGUGGAAGCAAGAGAAGAAGAGGCGUCUGAUCAACAAAGUACUAAUCUGCAUUAG